AAAAAUCAAAUAUUUCUAAACAUCACCUGUCGAUAUAUGUAAUAUAUGUAUAUCGUAGCGCAAUCUAUCGUUUCGAUCUGUACUAAUGUUAAAGAAAGAAUCAAAUGACAGAAAUUGCUGUUGAAUCAUGUUCGAUUCAUAUCGAGAAAACAUUUUGUCAAAUACCACAUAAGAAGUAGAAAAGGAGUUUUUGUUGAAACUUACUUGUGACAAGAAUUUAAAGUUUCAAAAUUCGACUAUAUAUAUAUAUAUAUAUUACAUUGAUUGUAAUGUUUUGUUUUUGUGUGAUGUAACCUACUUCUCAUAUAUUUAACAAGAAAGAUAACGUUGACAUGCAUCAUUACUGGUUCGAAGUUCGCGUGCCUUUCUUAUCUGUGAUUCACAUUCCUUUCAGCGGUACUUCCUUGUUUCUUUGCCAGUAUCAGCGUAAUGGUUGAAUCGUAUAAACGUAUCAAUAUCUGCUACGUUGUGUUACCGCGGUUAAUGAACGCAUCGAGUUACCUUAUAAGAUUUAGGUAACUCUUUUCUUAACUACGAGUGCGAAAAUGCUUGAAAGAAGAAGCUACAGCAACGCAGCUACAGUUCUUGUGGAACAUCAAAUUGAAAAAGAUGAAUUCGUUUUUGAAAACAGUCAAUUCUCUGACAAACAAAAGAGACAUAUUAGUCAAAGAAUCGUUGCAAAAGCAGUUGAACACUGUUGUGAUGGAAAUGCAGAGUGCACCAGGAGUGGAAGACGAUGGUAUAGUUAGCAAUUGCGAGGAGACUAUGACUUUGUGCUCUGUUUUGGAAGCUGUGUUUUUACAUGGCUUGAAAGAUAGCCUUUUAAAUAGAGUAACAGAAGUCCUGAGUGGUCCAGAUUUUGAUGCUGUACCACAACCAAGUUUUUGGGGUCCGCUGUUAGUAUUUUCUCAUCGGCAGAUCAUAGACCAAAUUCAGUCGUUUAGUCAACUUACCACAGAAGUUGGAUAUUGCAGAGCUUGGAUAAGAUUGGCAUUAAAUGAGGGUCUUCUAGCUAGCUACUUUUAUUCUAUAAGAAAAGAUAAUUCAGCCUUGAAACCAUAUUAUAAUCGCUCUGCAUUUAUUAGAGACACAGAUUUUGUGGAAGUUGCGCAGAGACUAAUUGAAAAUCUAGAUUACGUUCAUUUUGAAGUUGCAUGUAAUAGUAGCCUUUUAAAUUUCUGGUCAAAUACCCCUCUUUUGUUAGCAGGCAUAUGGUCACCACCAAUGAAAUCUUGUCCAGUAUUUAGUGCAGUAGAUAUUGCAAAAACAAUAACAACUGAAUUGCCAGAUGGUGAGAAUUUUAAUGAAGUUGAAACAGCUAGUUCAAUAGGUAGUUUAGGUUCAUUCAAUUCAUCGCAAUCUGCUCUUAAUAAUGUGGCUAACAUAAUAGAAGAUGAAGCUUUAAAAAUUAUAUUAACUAAUAAGAAAUCAAACAAUAUUGGUAUAGAACAUUUUGCUAAUAAUUCAAGAAAUACUCCGCCGUUAAAAGAGGAAGAAGAGGAAAAUACACAAGAAGAAGAACAAGAAGUGGAAAAUGAAAUUUCAAAUAAUAGUAGCCCAAAAAUUAAUGUAGAAAUUAAUAAAGUUACUAACAUUGAGGACUCAUCGAUCGCACAAAAUCAUGAAAGUUCACAUGAUGUUGCUGCAACUGCAGUAGGUAAUUCAUUAAUUGGAAGAUUGGGAUGGUCUACGUCGUACGAAGAUUGCGACUCUUCUUUAACUUCAUCUAUAGUAUCUCAUGAAUCUAAAACAGAUGCGCCUCGAACGCCAGCCGAAGGACCUACAUACGAUGCAAUUAUUCAAAGUUAUCAUACAACUGGAAAUACAUCAGUGCCAGAUCUUCAGGAAUUUUUGAAGAAAUAUCCUAAAAGGCAGCCAACUGAAGAUGGUACCAAAGUUCAAUUAGAAAAGGUUGUAAUAAACUUUGAUGACCAACUGAAAAGACUUCCCAGAGAAAAAGGUUUGGAUGUACAGAAUUAUAGCUGCUUGGAAUGCGGUCAUGCAAUUGGUAUGACUUUUUCAAAAGCACAUGUUUGUUCAUACUCUGGCAGUUAUUACUGUUCAAACUGUAUGUCACAAAUUGAAUAUAUUAUUCCAUCCCGAGUAAUCCAUAACUGGGAUUUAAAACGUUAUCCUGUAUGCAAUAAUGCUGCUACAUAUUUACAUGAUUGUCCGACAUUGCUAGAUCUUAAAAGCAUAAAUCCACGAAUUUAUAUGGCGGUAGAUACUAUGGCUCAAUUGCAAUCAUUAAGGAUUCAAUUAAAUUUACUGAGAGCUUAUUUAUUCACUUGUCGUGAACCUAUAAUUGAAUCGUUACAAAGAAAAGUUGCUCCAAGAGACUAUUUGUACGAACAUGUUCAUCAGUACUCUGUUUCUGACCUGCUCGAUAUACCUAAUGGAACUCUUGCACAACAGUUACAGAAGGUAGUAGAGUUUGCAAGAAAUCAUGUUAUAAACUGUUGGCUCUGUAGUCAGAAGGGUUUUAUAUGUGAAAUUUGCAAUAAUCCAAAAGUCAUUUAUCCUUUUGAUAUGGAAUCUACGUAUAGAUGUGGAGCAUGUAAUGCAGUGUUUCAUGCAGAAUGUUUAAAUGCUAAUAAACCCUGUCCAAAAUGUGAACGUAGACGCAAGCGAAUGGACCUUCCACUCUUAGAUGUGGGACGUACCGAAUUAUCAGUGGACAGUGCACCUACAGCUUCAAAUAAUACAAAUCAAUAAAUAUAUGUUCUUGUUCUUAAAUUAUUUAGGUAUUCUGUUGUGUUUUUUUUU